UCAAACUCUGCUCAACCAUUUCGUAAUCUUUUUAACUCGUUGCGGUUACUUCUCAAGAGAGGAGUCGGAGAGAGAUUGAACGAAGCGGCAAAGUUUCUUCGGGACACAACUGUAGUUUGAGAAGAAAUGGACCGAAUAUCGGGUCUGCCAAAAGGUAUACUUCAUGACAUCCUCGGAAGGUUACCAGACAAAGAUGCUGCUAGGACUAGUGUUUUGUCAAAGGCAUGGAGAGAAACAUGGUUUUCAUUUCCCAAAUUGUCUUGUUGCUGCCACAAUUUUUUUAGUUUACGUGGCAAAUUAGACAGGUUCAUUCAGUGUGUCAGUAAAAGAUUAACUAGGCUCCAUGACCAAGGCUUAGCAAUCAAAGAAUUUAAGCUCAUGUUAGACCAUACAUUAGACUAUGUCCCUGCGUCCUGCCAUAUUGAUCAAUGGAUACAGAUGGCUAGUGAAAGUGGUGUCGAAGUACUAGAGCUUUACCUCACUGGUAACUUUGCGAAAAGACAUUAUAACCUUCCACUUUGUCUUACUGAAGCCAAGUCACUUACUAAGUUGGUGUUGAGAGAGGGGACUAGACUUGACUCCGCAUUGCUAAACCAUUCGCUCAAGUUUUUCUCAUUGAAAACAUUGUCUUUGCGUCAUAUACUUCUUGAAGAUGAAAGGAUUAUCGAGCAUUUCAUUUCACAUUGUCCUUUGAUUGAGCAUUUAACUCUUCAUUCUUGUUAUGUAUAUAAUAACCCUUCACGUUCUAGCACUAUGACCUCUUGGCUGAAAUCUUUAAGCUUGCAAGGUCUACAAAAGCUGAAGGACGUUGAUAUCCAAGGAAUACAAGAGGUAUAUAUUGAUGCUCCGAAUCUUGAGAACUUAUGCUAUCAUGCUCUUUAUAUGGUUACACCUUUCAAGCUGAAUUUGGAUAGUUGCACAAAUUUGAGAUGGUUGACCUUGUGGAAUUUGAAGAUCCCAAACAAGUGGUUCCUUGAACAGUUUUAUAGGAUUCCUUUCCUUGAGAGUUUGAUGUUGCAUAGUUGCUCGUUUGAGCAUGAAAGGAUUAAUAUUCCAGGUCCUGAACUGAAGUUCUUCAGUUUAUCACAUUGCUCUAACUUGAAGGAGGUCAACAUUGAUGCUCCAAAUUUAUUAUCCUGUGAGUAUGUCGGGAAAGACAACCCUGUCAUAUCUUUUCUAAGAAUUUCUAAUCAACUUGAACUCAAUGCUCAUUACGAUAUGAUUGAGAAUCAUCAUCAUCUUUAUAGCUUGAGGGAAUUUGUCCAAAACAUUAAACCCCAAAAAGUUUUGGCAUCUCUUUCCCUUUUUAUCCACGAGCCAUUUUCGGUAAGUAUGCACUUUCUACUUGAUUGGUUCCUUCUGCUUGCAUAUUUUCCAAAUUUAUUUAUUAUUUGUCUGUUUGUACCCUGA